AUGGGCUUCGUUGCUCGCUUGAUUACAAUUUUCGGGCUUGUCCUGCUUGCUCAUGCUGGCUAUUCCGCACACGAGCACACAGUCCUCUACACGUCGUCGUCGACGGCCCUCCCGCAAGACAUCGUCAUCGAGGCCCUCGUUUCGCUCGUUAUUGUUUCGACGGGGCUGGUUCUCGGCGCUGAGAAGCUGAAGCCAGUGAGCUGGAGUGAGUGGGCGAGGGAGGUGCAGAGAGAGGGCGAUGCGCGGAAUCCGUAUCUGAGACUCGAGGAGAGGUAUAGUUUUUGGGACGUAAGGGCUAAGAGAAAGGAGUUUGCGGAUUGGAUGCGUGGUGGUGUUGAUACUCCCGUGAAGGGUUGA